AUGGGAAAUAAAAGCAUGCUUUUCUAUUUUUUGCUCAUACUUUAUGCAGCCCAAGGCCAACUUGACUGCCAAACCUGCAUGAUUGCAGCUGGGGCUCUUCAAUAUCUUCUAUCAAAUUCUUUAUUUCAAGGCACAUUAAAGAAUUAUUUGAUAGACAUAUGCCAGAAAACGACAGAUCCUAACUAUUGCAAUACAAUUGGAAGCUUAGUACUUGGAGAAGUGGCUGAUGUAUUGCAAAGGAGAUUUGUGAAUGGAAUUUUCCUAUGCUCUAGACCAGGAAUUUGCAAUUCAGCAGAAUAUAUACUUGAAGAUUUUGAGAGCUGGGCUAAGAAUGCAUUGAAAAAUACCCCUGAUUAUCAAAUUCCUAUAAGAAGUCUAAACUAUUUGCAUUUUGCUCAAAUUUCUGAUAUAAGGCUUGAUAGGAAAUAUAUAUCAGGCGCCUCAAAUUUGUGCUCCUCAGGGCCAUGCUGUCGAAAAGGCACACCUAAAAACACAAGCGACACAGCAGGCCCUAAUGGAGAUUAUAACUGCGAAUUGCCGUUGCCAACUUUGCGAAAAGCUUUAGAUUCAAUCUCUCAAAAUAAUCCAGAUUUUAUUAUUUGGAAUGGCAAUAGUGUCGCUCAUGACUUGUUAUUGUCAUCAUCAGACAGACUUAAUGUGAUUAAAAACGUCACCCAAGAGAUUUUGAAUAAAUUUAACUCGUAUCUUACCCCUGUCUUCCCGAUUUUUGGACCUUUAGACUGCUAUCCAGAGCACCAAUAUGAUUUUAGUGCUGAUUCUUAUUUUUUGAAAAGCCUGACUAAUUUAUGGUCAAUAUGACUAGGCAAGCAAGGAGCUGCUCAAUUUGCUGAAAAAGGGGUUUAUUCAGUACAGUAUAAAAAUACAAAUUUAAGAAUAAUUGGGCUGAAUACACUUUCUUGUGAUAUAAAUAAUUUUUACCUGUUUGCUAAUGUUACAGAUCCAAAUGGAUAUAUUUUAUGGUUGAAUAAUGAGCUGGCUAAUGCAGAAAUGUAUGGUUAUAAAGUCUAUAUUAUAGGAAAUAUUGCUCCAGGGUCAAAAUCAUGCGUAAAUAGCUGAAGUAAGCAUUAUUCUGUAUUAAUGGAAAGAUAUCAAAAUACUGUUAUGGGCCAAUUUUUUGGUGGUGAAAACAGAGAUGAAUUUAGGAUAAAUAAAGGCUAUUUUUCAAGCAAGCCAACAGGCAUCCAAUUUAUAUCUCCCUCACUUUCACCAUAUAAAAAUUCAAAUCCAUCAUACAGAAUAUAUCAAGCUGAUGCCCUUUCUAAAGUUAUCAUAAAUUAUACUCAGUAUCGUCUUAAUUUAACCGAGGCUAAACCUUCAUUUUUCCAAGCUUAUGAUUUCCUAAGCUUUUAUAAGGUCGAAAAUAUGCUUCCACCUACAAUCUUAAACCUAUCAGCAAAAAUAAAAAAAUACGAAUUAUUAAUGAUGAAAUACGUGACAAACAAAUACACAAAUGGUCCAGAUACUCCCUUAGGAUGUAAAGCUCAAUGUUUAAACGAUUUUUACUGUGAGAUCACAAAUGACAGACAAGAAGAAGUUGAAAAAUGCCAAGGCAUAGGAGAAUCCAUUAAAGAGUUUCUAUUAAAUUCUCUUUAUGGAAAAUGGACUUAUAUCGUAGAGCGUUAA